UAAUCCUGCUCAUCGGAUUUGAAAACGGCUUUUGUCUUAAUCUAUAACCAGACAUUCUUUCCCAGAAUUCUACUUUUCUCGGUUGUCUUCUUCCUCAUUAUUACUUCUUCGGGUCCUAUUCCUAUAUUUACAUGACCAUACAGUAAAUUUACAGUUCAUUUCUUAAUUAUGAUACUCCACUCAUCCCUAAAUCAAAAAUGGAAAAUUCGUUCGAUAUUGUUUUUGUAAAUUUGUAUCCACUCAUGUAUGAUUCAACGUCUAGGUAUAAAGCUAUGUAGAUGGCAUCAUUCGCCACAUCAAAUAUUGUCCAAUUUUGGACAGGAUUUUGUGGAUUUAUAUGCUACCAUUUCUUGCUGGGCUUAUGCCGUAGCUGUCUUAGGAUCCUGGCCCAUUUGGGAUGGGAACAGUGCCUUUUCCUUCUUUUAAUUAAUUGCUCUCCACAAUAUUCAUUAAUGGGUCGAAGCCCAUGUCCAAUGGGACACUUCAUUGCACAUCAGGACUUUGAAGUUUGAACAACGUUGUUGUGUUACUUUUAAUUUUUUUGAAGUGUUGUGUUGCUAAUGAGUUCUAAUUUGCAUAGUAAUCAUGAUUAGUAUUCAUAGUUUGUAAAUAUGUGUUUACCCAAAGGAGAGAAUGUUAUGUAUAGAUCACUCCGAUUUUCAGCUGUGGAGGAUAUGUAUAUUUGAGGAGUUCAACCGUUUACGCUACCUUUGGUCACACUACUUUUUCGUUUUGCUUCUCACCGAUAAAACUCCUCCCCGAUUUUGCGCUGACGACAAAUCGCAAUGAGCUGCGAAAUUCUCCAACUCAAAAAACUAAGUCUCCUCUCUCUUCACGAAAAAAGCUUGCAUCUAUACGGUUAAUCGGAGUUCUUAUGUGGAAAUUAUUGAUCUGACGUACUAAAUUAGGAAGUUGAGCACUUGGAGAUACGUGAAGUUCUCCGAUGUGCAAUGUGGUGAUGCGGAACUUGCAGAGGAAAAUAGAUGAGAAGAUUGAUCAAUGCAUAGAUAGGGUAGAGAAGCAUCCUAACAAGAAAAAUCAGGUCGCAAGCUUUAACCUUUCACUUGUUUAAUUCUUGGACAACUUUUGUUCUAAGAGAUUAGAAUCUGAGCGACAAUUUGCUUUUAACUUGUUUAACUUUAUUACACUUAAAGUAGAUGUGGUACUGAGAAGUGGGUGCUCACUUAUUUAGUUAACACUAGGAAAGAAUGUCCAUUCCUUUCUUUUCUAACCAAUUAAUAAUGGGCAGUAUUUACAGAUUUCCGUAUUGUUUAUGUUUUUUGCCCCUGAUAUUGCAUCCUCCGUUCAGAUCCAUUGGUGGGAGUGAGUGAUGCAGAUAUGUUUGUCCUUCAAAAUAAAACAGGCCUCAUGGUUCACUAAUAAAGUUCAACGUCCUCUACUGGGAGCAGUAGUACAUAAACUUGGUAUAAAGUCUACAUCAUAUUUUUCUGGAUGAGAUCCAAUCCCAACAUCAGGAGCAGCUCAAGCAACCUCUAUUACUAAGAGGAAUCAUGGGUUCGCUCGUGUCAGUUGGAAAACCCAGCCUUUGACCUUCACCACAAAACAAAUAAUGGAAUGGUAAGCCAACUAAUUGACGACUGUACAAGCUGUAUUGCGGUGGAUAGACCGAUGAGAUCUCUGUUUUAUCUUCCAAAUCCAUUUGAAGUCAACUAUUUGAAACUAGAAAUUUUAUCUAAGCAAUUUUUUUGUUCAUAUGUUACAUAUAUAUGAAACAAAAUAAAAAAUAUAAUAAAAAAAUUCAAUUUGCAGUUUUUAAGUGCAUAUUCCUGUUCACAUGCUAUGCACAUGGGAAUGUCCAGUAGAACUACAAAUGACAUGGGAAAAACCAAACUCCUUUGACUUCCUUCAUAAACAUCUUAUAAGAAAUGGUAGAGAACAGUGCAAAGAAGCACUUCGUUCUAGUACACGGGCUCAGCCAUGGAGCCUGGUGCUGGUACAAAAUUGUACCCAUGCUCAAGUUACAGGGUCAUAGGGUCACUGCCUUGGACCUGGGGGGUUGGGGGAUCCACCCCAAGCGGCUCCACCAGAUUUCUUCCAUCUCCGACUACAUCCAGCCGUUGCUGGAUUUCUUGGCUGCUCUUGCUGAUGAUCAGACAGUGAUAUUGGUUGGUCACAGUUAUGGUGGCAUCCCCAUUUCUCUGGCCAUGGAGAAUUUCCCUGGAAAGAUAUAAGUUGCGGUUUUUGUCUCAGCCUACAUGCCUAAUUGUGCGGACCCGCCGGCAACUCUCAUUCAAGAGUUCUUGAAGAGGUGCUCGACAAAUUCACUCAUGGACUGUGAGAUUACAUUUGAUCAAAUCUCCCAAAACCUGCCAAUUUCAGCUGCAUUCGGGCCGGAAUACAUGGCGGCCAAGAUGUACGCAAACUGCCCCUCAGAGGACCUGGAACUAGCGAAGACGCUGGUGCGGCCGAGCUUGAUUUUCUUGGAGGAGCUGAGCAAGACAUGUUUGCUGUCCGAAGAGAGAUAUGGGGCAGUAAAACGUUGCUAUGUAAUAUGCGAGGAGGACGAGGUGAUGGAGGAAGAAUUCCAGAGGUAUAUCAUUGAGAAGAGCCCGCCGGAAAAUGUGGUCUCCAUCUCCGGGGCUGGUCAUAUGAUCAUGCUCGCCAAACCUCAGGAGCUCUGCUCUUGCUUGACGGAGUUGGCUGAAAAGUAAAAUCACUGCCACAAAACUUAUUGAUGUAAUAAUUGUAACCUUGUUACCUUUAUGCUACUGCAACAAUAAUCGCUUUUCUUUUCCUACGAAUUAAAAGUUAUAGUAA